UCACUUGUUGCCGUCCCACCCACACGGCUGCCAGACGUGUGGUUGCUCUAUCAUUUUACUCUAUAAGAUACAACGCUGCAACUAAAUAUUGGUCUUAUUUUGUCACACGCAUAUGGAGUAAGUGUGCUGCCAUAUUAUGUAAGAGUGUUAACGAGGUGUGGGUGAGAUGAGGGCGGGCGUGAGUGUGUACGAGUUUUGUGAAAGAGUAGUCACUGUGGACAACACAUGUUUACAGUUGGCCCUUCGAUGUUUAUUGUAGUGUGGAGGACGAUGUUGGUGCGUAGAGUGGAAAUAAGCAGAGUAGCUAAGACAGGGGUGAAGAGGUGCUUGAACAGUGGCGUGUGGUGCACAGCUGUAGGUCUGUUUCACCAUGAUCUGGGGUGGCUCCCUAGUGCUGCGGGUACCACAGCACUUACCCGCCCACAUGUGCUUUCUUCCCAAAAAUAUUCCACAUUUCACUCAUCACAAGUACUCUUCCUCCCACAACAUGCACUCUACCGCCCACAACACGCACUCCGCCACCCACGACACUUACCCUCCCGCCCACUGCACAACUUCAGGUCAAGUGAUACUUACGAGGAGCUACACUGGCGGUCCAUCCAUGAUAGGGAAACAUUCUGGGAGGAAGUGGGUAGUAGAGUGGAGUGGUACAAGCCUUUCACGCGAGUGCUGGACAACACUCAGCCGCCCUUCACUAAGUGGUACGUGGGCGGCGAGCUCAACACCUGCCACAACGCCGUUGACCGUCAUGUCAAAAGCGGUCGUGGCGAUCAGCUAGCAAUCAUUCACGACUCUCCCGUCACAGGCUCCGUCACCAAGACAACGUACUCGCAGCUUCACGAGCAGGUGGCUGGCCUGGCUGGCGCCCUAGCGGGGCUGGGCGUAGGUCAUGGUGACCGCGUGAUAAUCUACAUGCCCAUGGUGACUGAGGCAGUGGUUGCCAUGCUGGCCACAGUAAGAUUGGGUGCUAUACACUCGCUGGUGUUUGGCGGCUUCGCGGCGAGGGAACUGGCAACCCGCAUCUCGCACCUGCAGCCUAAGGUGGUGUUGAGCGCCUCCUGCGGCAUUGAGCCCUCGCGCAUUGUCCACUAUAAACCCAUCCUGGACGAGGCCAUCCAACUGGCAAGCCACAAGCCCCUGCACUGUGUGGUCCUGCAGCGGGAGGGUCUUCCAGAGGCCUCCCUCACUUCGGGACAGGAUGAGGACUGGCACAACCUCGUGGCCUCAGCACCGCGCCUUGAUCCUGUCCCUGUCACUUCAGACCAUCCCUGUUACGUACUCUAUACCUCCGGCACCACUGGGCAGCCCAAAGGCAUCGUGCGGCCCACGGGCGGCCACGCUGCAGUGCUGCCGUGGACCAUGAAGUCCAUCUAUGGCAUGGAGCCAGGCGAGGUUUGGUGGGCAGCGUCAGACUUGGGCUGGGUUGUCGGUCAUUCCUAUAUCUGUUACGCGCCGUUGUUGAAUGGCAACACCACAGUCAUCUACGAGGGCAAACCCGUGGGCACACCGGACCCUGGACAGUUCUUCCGUGUGAUCGAGGAGCAGGGCGUGCAGGGCAUGUUCACGGCACCCACUGCACUGCGGGCCAUCAUCCGCCAGGACGCAGAAGCCACCCACGCCCGCAAAUACGACCUGUCCUCCCUCAAGUACCUCUUUGUGGCGGGGGAGCCGCUGGAUCACGAGACGCGGGUGUGGGCACUCAACACCUUUAAGGUGCCGGUACUUGACAACUGGUGGCAGACAGAGACUGGCUACGCUAUCACCGCCCACGCCGUCGGCAUGAACAUGUCUCUGGAUCCCCCGCGCGGCGCCACCGGUAAACCCUUUAUCGGUUUCGACCUGAAAGUCGUGACGCCGGAGGGUCGGGAAGCAGCCCCAGGGGAGUUGGGACGCAUCGUAUGCAGGCUACCGUUGCCACCGGGGUGUAUGAGCACACUGUACAAGGCUCCUGAACACUUCGUUGACACGUACUUCACGCAGUUUCCAGGCUGCUACGAUACCAUGGACGCCGGCAUACGUGACGCUCAGGGCUACAUGUCGGUGAUGUCUCGCGACGAUGAUGUCAUCAACGUGGCUGGUCACCGCCUGUGUACACUGUCACUGGAGGAGGCUAUGUUGGAGCACCCCUUGGUAGUCGAUGCCGCUGUAGUGGGCGUCCCAGACUCCAUGAAGGGGGAAGUUCCCUUUGGCUUUUUCGUAGUGAAGGAGGGAAGCCAAGCGACGGAAGAGGCUAUAUUAGAGGAGGUGGCAGCUGUUGUCCGGCGUGUGGUGGGGCCUGUGGCUGCCUUCCGCCUGGGUGCCCGCGUGAGGGGCCUUCCUAGGACACGCUCUGGCAAGACUCCCAGGAAGAGCAUCGCAGACCUGGCCCGAGGCAAGGCCAUCAAGAUCUCCCCCACCGUUGAGGAUCCAGAUCUUUACAACGAUGUUCUCGUUGCCCUCAGACGACACGGCUUCGCUCUCCAUACUCCAGAUCCAGUCAUACCUUGACCUGCCUUCACUAACACUUCGAGUAUUACCUGACAUGUUACUUCGUCUAACCCUCGAAGAAGGCUCCUUGAGGUAUGUGAGGAGCUCUUAAUCCAAAGAAUUGGACCUCCUCUUCCUUGGAUCGACCCUGAGCGCCUCCCAUUCCCCAGGGGUUGUAUGGCCUCUACGGUUUAGCGCUCGUCCUGCUAAAUAUAGCGAUAAUGAUGAGUGAGAAACUUGUGCAACACGUGGGUGUCUUUGUGGAUACCCAAGUGUUGCACAAGUGUCUAAGUCAUCAUCAUAACGGUUCUCUGGACCAUUUAUCUACAUAAUGAUAAUCUCGUCUGCCCCCAUGUGUCUCAGCUAUAACCUCAAUCACCUACCCAUGCUUCUCAUAUACGUAUAACCUCAAUCACCUACCUACACCCCGACCUUUGAAUCUAACUCUGCAGGUAACACCUGAUAACUGUGAUAGAGGAAGAUUCCUGAGCACCUUCAAGUUAUUUCUAAGCAUUUUUUCCAGUUGUACUUGCAAAAAACCGUUAACCCCAGGGCUUGUGUGGUGCACUCCUUGUACUGCACGCCUCAAACUGUUAAUUGGUUAUGGGUUAAUGGGGUUUAAAGCCUGUCGACUGCAUGAGGGUCAUUAAGGCUUCACGGUAACCUUUUCAGAACCAGACCAAAAUUCUUAAAUCCCUAAAAUAGGGAUUAAAGUAAACUCUCAGCAUAUAUACGCUGAGAGAAAUACACCUCUCAGAGUAUAUAUCUCAUGAAACUGCCCACACGGGAUUAAUUCUCUACGUAAAUCUGUAAAUACAAAGUUGUUAUCCCCUCCUCAUUCUGAAAUUCCAAGAGGCGUUGCCAACCACCCCAAUUAUUCGAUGUAUUUUUAGGGGAGUGAAACAAGUUUUUUCAUCCCCCAAAGUUUGACGGAGAUGUGACGAUCUGAUCUUGAGAACUUUAGACUAUUAUUUUGUUCAUACAGAAGAGUGCAGCAGAGGCGAGGGUUGGUUGUGAUGUAUAACAGUGUGGUUGAAUGAGGACACUUAGUUAAGUGACUUGUUUGUUCAAGUGUGUAUUGUAUACUUAGUUUUAAAAAGUAUAUUUCCAUGGUCACUGGUUUA